AAACUCCCUUCAACAUACAAGUCGUAACACUGGCGUAUAAUUUAUGUCACACCAAGCUAAACCGCUUCAGGUUUCGUCUUUGUUUUUUUCUAAUAAAUGUAGUCCCACAUGAACGAACAGUUUGUUUCGGGACGAAAAAAGCUGAUCCCAAACGGACAAAUUAAAAUGGAACGCCGAUACGCUGUUGUCAUGACAACACAAACAGGGAGCUUUUUUGUCGGCAACAGCACAACGAUAUUUCUAGCACAAAGCAAGACAUUUAUGAUUUAAUGAAUAACUUCAUUAUUUUAUAGUUAACAAAAAUGAUUCCACCAGCCGAGUCUCUCCUGAAAUACGGGAAUGCAGUUUUGGUCAGCAAAAGCACAGACAGAAAAUCACCAAAGGGACGGCCUUUAAGAGUUAGCCCUCAGCAGCCUGCUGACUCAAGCCCUGUUCCCCCACCCCCAAAACCAAAAUCAGCCUCUGCCGAGCAGGAAAAUGAUGAGAUCCUCAAUGCCAUCCUUCCACCAAGGGAAUGGAUGGAGGGAAACCAAUUGUGGGUUCAGCAAGUGUCCAGUGCACCUUGUACAAGAGCAGAUGUUAUUCACCUAGAGGAACUGCUGGACAUCAAGAUGCAGCAAAGGCAGGCCAGGCAGACAGGAAUCUGCCCCGUCCGCAGGGAGCUCUUCUCGCAGUGCUUUGAUGAGCUAAUUAGACAGGUGACCAUCAAUUGCGCCGAGAGGGGUCUGCUCCUGUUGAGGGUCAGAGAUGAGAUUCAAAUGACUAUGGCGUCAUACCAGACACUGUACGAGAGCAGCGUGGCUUUUGGAAUGAGGAAAGCACUGCAGGCUGAGCAGGGCAAGGACGACAUGGAGAAAAGAAUUUCUGAACUGGAAGAUGAGAAACAAGAGUUAAAGAAGCAACUGAAUGAGGAGAAAGCUAAAUGCGAAUCCAUUGAAAAGAGAGAAAAUGAAAAGCGACAGGUGGAGGAAAAGAAGCACAGUGAUGAGAUUCAGUUCCUGAAGAGAACCAACCAGCAGCUCAAGAACCAACUGGAAGGGAUCAUUACCCCAAAGAAGUAACUCCGCCAAACAAGGACUAAAUAACCAUUUCCCAGUACACAAUGUUACCGAAUGUGUCUUUUGUCUUGUUUCUAAACGACCAAUUGAAUUAAAAAGAAGUGAGUGUAAUAAGAACAUUUUUAUUACAGCACGACAUGACAAGUACAGUUCAAACAAUGACUGUACAGCUCUCUUGAACAUCAAGAGAGCAUACACCUGUAAAUGAUGAAUGAAAUGUCAUUCAAAAACAGUUCUAGACUGAAGGGGAAAAGAAGGUUCAAAAGGUGACCAGUUGAUAAAGACCAUUUAAUGCUAAGUUAGCAUUCCACCUUCUGUCAAA